GAGUGUGUGAGUGAGUGAGUGAGUGUGUGAGUGAGUGUGUGAGUGUGAGCUCCGUCUUUGCAAGAGAGCCUUCACGGUUCCCAACAUUCUCGUUCAUGUUUCGAUCCGCAAAUGAACUUUCGGGUUAAUGAGGACCUCCGAUCGCGUCUCUCUUUGUUUUUCUCUUCUUCUUCUUCUUCUUCUUCUUCCUUCUAACCCCCAGUGAGAAAGAAGGGCAACUCGGGGGGACUGGGGGGGGAGAUGCCAUCGGAGGAGUGCGCGGAUCGGGUCACCCCACAAGGAUCACUGUACAGGGAACUGCCCCACAUCAUCAACACCGAUGGACAGUACCUGUUCUGCAGGUACUGGAGCCCGAAAACAAAGCCCAGGGCGCUAGUAAUGAUAAUGCAUGGUGCUGGAGAGCACAGUGGCCGCUACAAUGAACUUGCUGAACUGAUUAUGAACGAAUCCAUCUUUGUAUUUGCACAUGACCACGUUGGCCAUGGACAGAGUGAAGGGAAUCGGAUGGUUAUUUCCAAUUUUCAAGUAUACAUACGUGACUGCUUGCAACACAUUGACCACAUGAAGGAAAAGUACCCAGGUCUAAACAUUUUUCUAAUCGGCCAUUCUAUGGGUGGAGCAAUCGCCAUCCUCACAGCGAACGAGAGACCAAAUGAUUUUGCAGGGGUGAUGUUAAUAGCACCUCUGAUUACCCUGCAGCCUGAAACAUCAACUCCCACCAAGGUGUUCCUUGCCAGGCUCCUGAACUAUGUUUUGCCAAAUAUCGGUCUUGGAUCCAUUGAUCCCAAUUUCAUAUCCAGAUCAGAGGAAGAGGUGAAGAACUAUAUCAAUGAUCCUCUGAACUACCAUGGAAGUGUAAAGGUUAGCUUUGCAGUUCAACUGUUGAACACAGUUGCCAGGAUUGAAGAGAUUCUGCCAAAGAUCACCUGGCCAUUCUUGCUGCUCCAUGGUGAAGCAGACAAACUGUGUGACAUCAACGGCUCUUACCACAUGUACGACACAGCACCAAGCAAAGACAGGACUUUAAAGGUCUACACAUCUGCCUAUCAUGUGCUCCAUAAAGAGUUGCCCCAAGUCACCAGUGAAGUGUUCACAGAAAUUCAGAAGUGGAUUGUCAAGAGGUUAUAAACAAUAUCAAAAAAAAAUUGUUCCCCAGAUUUUGAAAAAAACUAAUUUUUUUACAUGGUCUGCUUGACCAAACUAAAUGUUACAGAAGACGGCUUUCAUUCACCCCUUUCCCAGCGGCAAAUCCAAAUGUUUUCCCCCUCUUCCUCCCCCAUAUAUAUUCUUUGGCCUAAGAUCGAUCUGAUAAAAUUAUUUUAUAUUCCAACAUCAAAUUAAGACAAAUUAUAAAAUAUAAUUGCCAUGGGCCAAUUUUGUGUUAUCAAUAGAUUUGUAAAUAUGUCUUUGUAUUCACAAACAUGUUGGUGCAGGUUAUUUUAUUUACCUUAUAUGAAAGCCCUUUAUUAUUUCUUUUGAAUGUAAAUUGUUUCCUCUUGUGACUCAGUAUCUUCUAUUCAGGAUGUCCCUACAACAAAUUUACAUUUAUAUGGCGUGUUUCAUGUCAAGAGGAUGUCCCAAGGCACUAGGCUGUUCAAAAUGGAAUCUCAGCUUUAUACAAAUAGUUAUUCCCCGUCACACCUGGAGUUGCCAAAAGGCCAAACUUGGAGCUAAUCUGGGGUACAUGGCCAUUUGAUCCCGUCUGUUGUGAUCUUGCUGUUAGAGUCCAUAUCAUUCAUGGCCCCAGACAGCAGUCUGCAAUAUAAACUCCAGCAACUUUAACUAAUCCAAUUGUAAGAGGUGCCAUCUUUUAUAUGAGAUGUUGAACUGAGGUCCCAUCUAAGGUUGACAUUAAAGAUCCCAUUAUACAAUUAGAAAAAAUGUUUCUCUUUAUGUCCAGAUUAAUUGGUCGUUCACUCAUGGGCUGUUUGUGGGACCUCAUGAUAUUUGCCUACAAAAACAGUUGCUCCAUCUUGACAGUAAUUACUCAAGUACUUUGAGCCAUUUUGUCAUUAUAAGGACUAUAAAAAUAUAAGUGUAUUCUAUGCAAGUUUAGUCUGUAGAUGGAGCACAUCACAUAGAGAAUUAUCUCAUUGAUUGUUGGCAGGUGUGCCGUUCCACAUUUUAAAAUGUUUCCCUCAUUCAAAUCAGAGCAAUAUCAACUAUGAAGAUAGGGAUUGAGUGUCUCAAAUUAAAAAAAAGGUAUUGAGGUGGAUUAAGAGGGUAAUAUGUCUAAAUAAGAAUUAUAUUGCAUGUUUAAGAGUGUUAUUGUAUUGUAACAGAGAGUUAACUGAAACUAAGUAAACUGUUAAUACAAUUUAAGAAUUUGUUGUAAGAAUUGAGCCUGUAUAUAUUGGGAAUGUAUUGUACUACAUUAAUUUGGGACUAUAUUCAGUACAUUAAUUAAUAAAUUUUAUUGCUAUUUCA